GGAUCCCUUACGAACUUGCUCACAACUCAUGCGCACGACGCAAACCUAGUUGUAACAUCAUCCUUCGCAGAUAUAGCAUGCCCAGCAGAUUGACACCCGGCUUUGCUCUCGUUGUUUUACUGUUUCUGUGCACACUUCUCGAGCCCUUGUCCGCUUUUACCAGACCUUCCAUAUUGAGUUGUGGGAGCUCGCCACGCCAUUGCUUCGUCGACAGCCGAGUCAGAAUGGGAUCCGCCGCCUCUUCUUCUGGCAUGCAAACGCUACCAUCGAACGUGGUGAAGUAUUCUCAGGUGCCGAAACAGGGCGUCUUCACUGCCGACAAAAUUCCCAAAGGCCUUUUGAAGUCACACACAACCAAAGCCGGUACUUGGGGCAUGAUUCGGGUCACCCAAGGCCAACUCGAAUAUCAAAUCCACAACGAAGUGGAGGGUACUGAAUCGGGCGGCACGCCACUAAAGAUUGUUCUGGAAGGUCCCGACGGACGUGGGAUUGUCGAACCCACCGUCAAGCACCAAGUCAAACCUUUGACGGAUGAUGUUCAAUUCGUCGUCGAGUUUCAUCGUGUCCCAGGAACCGGGGUCGUCGACGAACCACGCGAGGGUCUGGCGUGAAACGCUAUACUCCCUACGCAUGGGUACUGUGACAAACUCGGAUGCGUCCCAUUCUAAAUGCUAUGAAUGAUAGACAUGUCUAUGUAAUCGUACCCUGGCGCUAUUUACUGCUAAUGAAAAAACUUGCCAGCCUCCUUACUGUUAAUCGUAGAUUUUCAAGUCCGUUGUUUCAUAGGAUGGUUUAUUGGCCAGUGUCAAUCAUCACAACGCAAGUGUUACGUAUACUCUUUUGACUGAAUAA